ACCUCCAUCAACUCUCAAAUAUAAUCUCGUCAUCGCCAAAGCAUCCACCAAUCCGCAACGCAGACUCCCAGUCAAAGCGUCGGAUCAAAUACAUAUACACACGCGCAAUACACAUACAUAGCUACACUACUAGUAUCGUAAGGCCCAGCCAUGGUCGUGUCUCCAACAAGUUUCCAUUUGAGUACACUUUUGGAUCCUCCAGGACCCUCCAUCUCUCUUUCAAGAGGGCUCACCGCGGAUACUGAACAAUGAAUUAGUCUAGAGGCACCCGGAAGAAUUGUUUUGUAUUCGCUGAGAUCGAUAUGGCGACUACACCAACGGAAAAUACCUCAGACACGGCCACAGGCACGGUCGCAACAGUCGAUCAAGUUGGCAUCCCUCAGUCCGACCACGACCGUCUUGGCAACCGCGAGUCUGAGAACCAACCCACUUUGUCAACACAAGUCUCUGAGGAGGAGCGCUUGGAUGACACCAAGGAGUCUGCUGUCACAGAAACAGCGGAAUCCUCCGGCCCCUCUGCCAAUUCCGCUGCAAAGGUCGCCGCAUCAUCGUCGUCUCCUACCGAUUCGCCACACGCUGAACCUGAGUCAGACAGCAGAGAGGACAGCAAAGACCCCGUUGGGGAGGAUGGCGCGAGCUCGUCACAAGCUCCAGGCGAAUUGCAACCGCAACUACCCAACGAGCCACUCCCAGAAACUGAAGACGAUGGUUGGACCUAUCAAUGGGACCCAACGCACCAAGCGUACUACUUCCUCAAUCGCUUUACUGGCCAAACCACCUGGGAAAAUCCGCGCCAGACCGUAGCCGUAGCAUCCUCCUCCACCGCUGAUCCGACGCCGGUCCCUCCGCCUCUGCCUACCGUUGCCGGAGGGUACAACCCAGCCAUACACGGAGACUAUGACGACUGGGUUGCAGAACAAAAAAAGGCAGGCCAACUACCUGGAGACGGAGAUGCUGCUGAAAAUGUGCAUCCCCCUGAUCCAGCAACGGCAGCCUUGUUUGCUUCCGGUGCUCAGUUCAACCGCUUGACGGGACAGUAUCAACGACCAGGCGUUGGUCCUGAGAACCACAGCGAUGAUGCCAAGUCGCGGCGACAGAUGAAUGCCUUCUUUGACGUUGAUGCGGCGGCGAACUCACACGACGGCCGUAGUCUGAAGGCUGAAAGAGCUGGGAAGCGUCUCACUAAAGGCGAGCUAAAGCACUUCAAGGAGAAGAGGAAAGCCAGGAAAGAGGAGAAGCGGAGGGCUUGGUUGCGGGAUUGAGAUCAUUGAAAGAAAUCUGUGGCUGCUAUGGCAUCGCAUUGAACACACUAAAUUUGCUGAGGCCUGGUUUUUGGCUAUCAUUGCAGAUCUGGAUAGAAAAAUUCAUGAUUAUAGCUCAAUGAGGAAAAAAAAACAGAAACCCCCGCAUCCCAUUGGCGAUAAUACUGAAACUAGUGAGUGUUUAUAUGGACUAGACCCCUCAAGGGACUCAGCAGCGUUUAG